UCGUUGCUUUCAAGUUGAUCAUUCCAACUCGAACGAGUGUUGAAAGCAAUGGGAAGAUAUCAGCUAGCCUAUGCAGGCAAUGAUGGCACCUUUACCUCCUUCCUGAUCUUUCAUCCACGAAUUCGUGGCCCUCCUACCUCGAUUCUUCUGCUGGCAGAUUCCCAGCCCUCAUUCAUUUGUCAACUGCAAGAGCAGGCUCUUUUUCUAUUCUUGUUUGCGUUGCAGUACUAGGAUAGUCGUAGUCUCAUAUCAUCACUACUACGGCUUCUAUGGAUCCUCACUGGUGUUUUUCCGACAUGGGUCCUGUCCCUCCGGUGCUAUUGGGUAUCUGGAUCUAUUUCAAUUUAAUUUCGAACACUAUAUUACUGCCGCUUCUUGUCCUUACCUUUCUGUUCUCGACCCGUGCUGGUCGGCAUCCGACGCUCAUUAACCUCUGCAUGACCUGGAUAUUUUCUGGGAUCUUCUCUCUUUUACUGUUCUACGCCGGGAAGCAUGAACCAGAUUCACCGGAGCCACCGAAACCCCUUUGUAUCGCACAGACAUCACUGCUGUACGGGAUCACACCCAUGUGGUCGGUCGCAAUUUUAGUUUUUGUGUAUCAUAUGACGGUCACUACUAUUGGAGGAUAUGAUUAUCCAACCGUCGGUAAGGGGAGGAUGGUUGUAAUGCUGUCGGUUCCUUAUUUGGUACAAUGCUCGUUUAGCAUUGCAGCCCUUGUUAUAUCUCUCUCCCAUCCAGACUUAGUAUCUCGCCACCACAGAAAACUAUACUGUACAUUGGUAUACUUACCUCUCUACAAUGCUAUGAGCUUGUUCACCUCCAUAGUUUGUGUCGCCAUUGUUUCUCUUGAAAUCUACCUUGCUAUAUUUAUCUACCGCAACUACCGUGGAAUGCGACAGGCUCGACAUUCCACUGGGCUCUAUGUGGCAUUAUUGCUUCGCGUUCUGGUAUUCGGGCUGUAUAUUCUCUUUGGCAUAGUGAUCGACUUCGUUGCUAUGUUCAAUGAUCACACAUUUAUCGGAGAAAUGUACUUAGCGACGAUGGGAACUGUAGUUUUCCUCGUCUUCGGAACUCAAGCGGACGUACUCCGAGUAUGGUGUUUCUGGCGUCGGGACGAUUUGCGCAAGAAACCUGUACCGAAAUGCCCUUCGCAAUCGCCCACCUGGAGUAUUGAUUUCUCAAAAACAUCUUCGCCAGAUAAUAAAGGCGAACCUUUACACGUCGUCACAACAGGUCUAGAAUCAGGUGGCGCCGGACACGGGGAUCGGUACUUUCCUCUCGGAAAUUAAUCUCAUCGCCCCAAUGCCCGACACUGGAACGCAGGGUCCAUGAUGGACUCAAUUCUUACGAGAUACUAUCGGGCAGAGCCACCUGUAUCUCCAUGAAAGAAUCACAUUUGCAUCGAUACGGAUAGUCUCUUAGACGGACCGUAGGACCAUAUUACCUCUAUAUUCGCAGUCUACACCCCAGUGAUGAUACUUCAAGAGAGGGUGAAAUUAUUGCACACUCACGCUACAAAGUAGAUCGAAAGGACAUAUGUCAGGCCUUCAGGCACGAACUUUGAUUAGUCGUAUGUAAAUGAAAAGCUCUUCAUCGGUCGCCACAGACCUCCCUAGGCACCCGAGUU